GAUAGAUUCUUAUAGGGUUUAUAUAUAUCUCAGUGUAUAUAUCCUAUCACAUUUGGUUGUUGAAUAUUGCAAUUCCAUUCCUUCAAUUGCAUUCGUCAUAGAAUUAGUCAUAGAUAAUUAGCAACUUCUUAUCGCAAAAAAAUAAGAAGAAAUUUAUUUAAAAAAAAAAAGCAGGCAGACAAAAGAAAGAAAGAAAAGUAUGACUGUAGAUACACAGGCAAUUGGUCAGACAGGAAGUUAUUUAAAUAGCCCACCUGCUACACCUGAUUUAAAGACUAAAUUUGAAGCCAUUACAUCUCAAAUUUGUGUUAUUCAAUCUCCUCUCAUGCCUAAUCCAUCCAAGAUAAAAAAUCAAGCUUUCGCAUGGGAUGAAGUUGAAUAUAUAGUUGAAAAUAAUCAUUUAGAGAUUUUGGCUAGAUCUAGAUCAGAAACCAAAAGAUAUCUCGAAUUCAAGCAUAUUUUGAAAGAAAGAGGAACUACAGUUUUAGAAUAUUUGAUGAAUCAUGAAUUAAAGUGGGAUAAAAAAGAUUUAAAACAAACCGCUGUUAAUGACACUAUAAUAUUCAAUGAUCCAACUGAAAUAAAAAUUAUGUAUAAUAAAUUUCCAUAUUAUUUUGAAGAUGAUGUACAUCAUUUAUGUGUAUGGAGUAAGAAACUGAUUCCAGCUGAUAUUAAUAGUGAAGAAGGAGAUAUCAGUGAUGAUAUGAAAAGAAUAAUUGAAACAUUUGUUGAGAAGACAUUUGUUAAAUUGAUUGGAGUGCCGAGAGAUCAAUUACUUUGGUUCAAGAAUUGGGGGGUCUUACAAAGUGUUAAAGAUGUAAGUCAUAUUCAUAUUUUAAUUAAAGAUAUUGAUGGAGAAUUUAAGCCUAAGAUAGAUGAAUUGUUAAUUGGAAAGAGUGGAGUUAUGUUUCAAUAAACAAAAUCAAAACCAAAAAAUAACUAUUUUUAUAGUUUUCAUUAUACCCCAUAAUAGAGCUGGCUAAAAUAUAUUAGUCAUAUAGCAUAAAUCAUAUAAAUUAUAUAAAUUUCAUAGAGUAAAAUGUAUUAUUAAUAUUGUUAAUUUUAUUAUGUAGUAAAAGUAUAGUAUCAUGAAAUUAUCUUUUUUCUGCCUCCUCCUCCUCCUCUUCCUCAACCUAAAAAUAAGGCAACCAUGACUUACAAAUCAAUUGUGGAUUGCAAUACGAUUUAAAUAAAACUAAUGGAAUAAUAAUUUAUAUUAUAAAGAAUAGGUACUAAUAUACAUAUAGUUAUAAAGAAUUAAAAACGACGAACGACAUAACAAACCUGAAAAUUUAAUUGAAAUUGAAAUUAAUGUUAAUUUAAUCUCAAAGAAAUUAACCACCAAAACCAUACAAGGUUCUACCUUGUCUCUUUAAGGCAUAGACAACAUCUAAAGAAGUGACAG